AUGAUGCAGUUUUUCAUGAUGGCAGCACACAACGAGCGAGAUGACAACAAGGUGAUCAAGACCUGGGUGAAGCAGGUCCGUGACGUGGCCUACGACGCCGAGGACUGCCUCCAGGGUUUUGGCGUUCAUCUUGGGAAGCCAUCUAGGUGGCUAUUUCCUCGCACGCUGCUUGAGCAGCGCCGUGUGGCCAAGCAGAUGAAGGAGCUCAGGGCCAAGGUAGAGGACGUGAGCCAGAGGAAUGUUCGCUACCGUCUCAUCAAGGGAUCCGGCUCCAAGGCUACCGCCACCACCGCUGAGCAGUCUAGCUCUAUUGCUGGAGCGAUAUUCUGCGUCGACGAUGCAAGGCGUGCCGCGAAGCAGGACAAUCAACGUGUGGAUCUCGUCCAACUGAUCAACAACGAGGACGAGGAUCUUAAAGUGAUCACUGUGUGGGGGAACAAAUAG